UCAGUGACUUUUCCUCCCAAGUGUAGCCAGCAACAAGGUAGUGAGUGUACAUCACACCCGGGCUGACGCGUGAUUACCAGGGGAAAAAAAUAAAAGGGGCGAUAAACGCACGAAACAUUCAAGGCAAUGCCCCUUUUGUUGUCAGCGAGCGUUUUAUAAGUGUUUGUUUAGUUUGAAUCUACCUACAUUUUUGGAGGAUGAUACCACAAUGAAGAACGUUAGCCAAAUUUGGCGUUUUAGCUAGCUAAGUGUCAUAUAUGGCUAGCUAGCCCGCCUAGCUAUAUAUUUUAGCCAGCUAUCUAACGUUAGCCAUACUUGUUAGCUAGGUGGUCACGGCUAGCAAAUACAACACAAGCUAGCUACAGUACAGUACAGUAGCUUGCUAUCCUAGCUAGAUAAAGCGAGUACUUUUUUUGUUUUUAAUCUUCGUCGUGUUUUGCCGUUUAACAGCUAGUUAGAAAUGUAGUUAACUAGCAGAUGGACAGUUUCACAGAGGCUCUUUGUCACUACUCGGACGUUUUAUGGUCUUGGUUCUGGGGCGGCUAGGCGUAGCAUGAGACUGUACAGAUGUGGCAGCCAAGUUUGUCCCGUUGUCUCCGGGUCUUGGGUUGGUAAGCACACGGGAAUUUAAAUGCGUUGGAAGAGUCGUUGCUAGAGAACCACGACAUUUAGUUAAAUAUAUUGGUCAUUUUUGGACUGAAACGCUAACUAUCCUGUUGACUGUGAAGAGCUAGCUAGCUAUUGUCGCUGGCUAGGUGCUAUCGAGUUUAACUGGGCCAUAUUAGCUAGUUGUAUCUGCCUUGACUAGAGCCUUACAAGCUGUCAAAUAUUUGGUGUAACUGCCCAAUGCUAGCUCGCGCAAAGGCGUCCUCAAGAGGCCAAACUUCGUAGCUAGCUGGCUACAUUUGUUGCAUCCACACCACUCAUUUAUUUUUACCCUUGGACUGUCCAUUCGGAUUUAUAAAGGGGAUUGGGACAAUUAUUUGCUAUUAAGUGUGAGUUGUGGGCGCCGCAUUCAAGUCUGGCGUUUAAAUACUGCGGUGAUGACUUUAGAAUCCAUGAUGGGUUGUUGCCUGAGCGAGGAGGCGAAGGAGUCCAAACGAAUCAACGCCGAGAUCGAUAAGCAGCUCCGUCGAGACAAGCGAGACGCGAGGAGGGAACUUAAACUUCUUUUGUUGGGCACUGGCGAAAGCGGCAAGAGCACCUUCAUCAAACAGAUGCGCAUCAUCCACGGGACGGGCUACACCGACGAGGACAAAAGAGGCUUCACCAAACUGGUCUAUCAGAACAUCUUCACCUCCAUGCAGUCCAUGAUCCGGGCCUCUGAGACCCUCAAGAUCCAGUACAAGUAUGAACAGAACAAGUCCAAUGCACUGCUGGUGCGCGAGGUGGACGUGGAGAAGGUGUGUUCUUUUGAACAGCCCUACAUCAGUGCAAUAAAGAUGCUGUGGACAGACCCUGGUAUCCAGGAGGCCUAUGACCGUAGACGUGAAUAUCAGCUCUCGGACUCCACCAAAUAUUACCUUACAGAUUUAGAGCGAAUAGUGACCGCGGGUUACGUUCCCACUCAGCAGGAUGUGCUGCGGGUUCGAGUGCCCACUACUGGCAUCAUUGAGUACCCUUUUGACCUGGAGAAUGUAAUCUUCAGCUAUCUAAGCGAUCUGGAUCGUAUUGCCGAACCAAACUAUCUACCAACCCAACAAGAUGUGCUUAGGGUUCGCAUCCCCACCACAGGGAUCAUUGAAUACCCUUUCGACUUGCAAAGCAUCAUUUUCAGGAUGGUGGAUGUAGGGGGUCAGAGGUCAGAGAGGAGGAAGUGGAUCCACUGCUUUGAGAACGUCACGUCCAUCAUGUUCCUGGUGGCCCUCAGCGAGUAUGACCAGGUCUUGGUGGAGUCUGACAAUGAGAAUCGGAUGGAGGAGAGUAAGGCUUUGUUCCGGACCAUCAUCACAUAUCCCUGGUUCCAGAACUCCUCAGUCAUCCUGUUCCUCAACAAGAAGGACCUCUUAGAGGAGAAGAUAAUCUACUCCCACCUGGUCGACUACUUCCCUGAGUUUGAUGGUCCGCAGAGAGACGCCCAGGCGGGCCGGGAGUUUAUCUUGAAGAUGUUUGUGGACUUGAACCCGGACAGCGACAAGAUCAUCUACUCCCACUUCACCUGCGCCACGGACACCGAGAAUAUCCGCUUUGUGUUCGCGGCUGUCAAAGACACCAUCCUGCAGCUCAACCUCAAAGAGUACAACCUGGUUUGAGAGAGAAGUUGAGCGAGAGAGAGACCUGCAGCCCACGCACAGCAGAGUGCACAUCUAUACACCAACAAAUUAAACAGUACACAGUUCUGCACUAAAAUACGCAUGUGAACACAUGCACCAAUAUAAAUACAAACACACACACUCUCUUAAUAGAUCCCAGGCUCUAUCCACCCAUUGCCCCAACAUCCUCCUGCUCCUUGUCUAUGGUUUAAUUGGGUGUGUUUUUUUUCAGUUCCAGUCACCCCCCCCAUU